CUUUUGGUGGAGAGCUUUACUUUUGAAUCCAUGAUGAGGGGCCAGCUCAGAGAUAUUAGGGGAAGGGAAUCUUCUUCCAUAUGGAAAAUACUCUGUACGGUGCGCACGAUUCAAAGUAGCUUUGCCUUUGUCAGCAGGAUUGUUUUAGAUAAGAAGCUGUGAUCCAGAUCCAUAAAGGUAUUUAGGCUCUUGACUUCCAUUGAUUUCAACAGAAGUUUGGAACUUAAAUAUCUUUUCUGGAUCUGGGCCUAUGGGCCUCUUUUGGAUCUGUGUGUUGUUUCUAUUUUAAUAGGAUGGUAAGAUGGUUUUGUAGGUCCUCCCUCCCCAUCCCUACUCUUUAGACUGUGUAUAGAAGGGUGAGGUAUUUUCAAGUGUAAGUAACCUAAGUGGUGGCUGCACUUCAUUCAUUAGCUUCUGGCUUGCUUGUUUAGAUUUAAGUUGAUCCUGCUAAUCAAUUUUUAAAGCACCUCAAUGAAAAUUGCCUUGGCUCUGAGCCUUAAAGCUAAGUGGCACAUGGCAGAUUUUCUAACAGCCUCUGCCAUUGCUUCGCUGAAUUGUUUGGUGCAUUCUAAGGGUUUUUGGGCAGGAGUCUGGAAGGCGGGCCUCCUGGGAUCUUGAGGAGUUUGGUCUAGUGAGAUAGAAAAGGAAGGUCUGAGAGUCAGGGCUCCUGGGUUUUAAUUCCAUGCUUGUCUGCUGAUGUGCUUUGAGAACCUGGGCAAAUCAUUUACCUUGUAGUUCUCUGAAAAUCCUGUUUUCCUGUGUGUCACAAAAGGGAAGUGAUGUUAUUUGCAGAGAAAUGAAAAAUCAACCUGCUUAGUGCAAAUACCACAGCUAUGUUAGGACUGUAUUUUAAGGAAAGUACUUGAUUUCCACACUGCACUGAAAUGUAACGAAUCAGCCUAGAAAAUGUCAUUCUGAGCCAAGAAAAAUGGCUGGAAGGAAGCCAUUGUCUUCUGCUAGAAACCAGGCUCCUCUGGGGGUUGGAGGUGGGACAGGACUAGUUUCCCUUGUGGUAGCAAACAAACUUACUGCCAAGUUACUCAGUUGGUCCUUUACAUAGAGUUCACCUCUUCCUGCUAAUGGUCCCUUUGACCCUGACAUUACCAGUUGCUGAGCAGACACUCAGCUGUGUCUCGUACCGUUUGGGACAUGAGGGUGGCUCAAUACCCUCCUGAAUCAGGCUGGUUAUCCCACCCAAUUCUGGAAGGAAACUGGAAAGUGUUAACUUGAUAGCAGACAUACAGGAGAUUGUGUUUUACCUGGCAUGUGCUUGACUGUUACCAGGGUUGUCUUUUUGCUGAAUAACAGAAGGGCUGGGAGCAGAAGAGGUGUAUUUGGGGGACGGCAUAAAAUGACGACAGAUGCAAAGAAGGGGGGUCCGAUCAAAUAGGUUUGAGGAUCACUGCUCUAACCUGAUAAAAUCUGCAGCCACCUGGCAGUGCACAGCUGACAAGGCACUUCCUGGCCAUGCAAAUCUUCCCUUACACAGCUGGGGCAGAAUGCAGAUCCUCUUGUUCCAAAGGCACAGGUCCCUGCCACUUGAACGGAAAGCGAAUGUCCUCUAGUGCUCUCAGUAUAGAGCCUAUGAUGCACAAUCUAAUGCUGCCAGGAGUUAUGGUGCCAUCUUGUGGUCUUCCUCAGGUACAGCAGGGAACUCUCUGUGCCAUCACCCUGGUGGGAAACAGAGCCCCGGUAGCAGUAGGAGUCGCUACCAUGUCCACUGCAGAGAUGCUGGCCGCCGGAAUGAAGGGGAAGGGCUUCACCGUGCUGCAUGCUUACACAGACCACUUAUGGGGAUUUGGAGACAAGUCUUACCCACCCACAAUAGCUCCCUUGGUAGCAGAGCCUGCGGAGUUGGAAAGCCCUGAUGACGAUGACAAAGACGAGAAGGGACCGGAGCUUGACAGCGACCUCUGCAUUGCCCCGUCACUACAAAUGGACAUUGGCAAUUUGAGCCUGCAGGAGGGAGAUGGCUGUGCGAAGCUCAUGGAGGAGGAGGAACCUGGUGAGACUGGAGCUGCAGAAAUGGCUGAAGAUAUCGCCGAGUUUCAGCCGGAAACGGAAGAUGGCAGAACUCCACAAGAGCGAAUGGAUGAGUUACUGCAUCAAUGUUUUUUUCAUGCCUUAAAAUGUAAAGUGAAGAAGUCAGAGCUCCCUCUACUGACCAGCACCUUCCUGCGCAACCAUAUGUUCUCAUGCUGCCCAGAAGGACAACAAUUAGACAUAAAGAAAUCAAGCUACAAGAAGCUCUCCAAGUUCCUGCAGUACAUGCAGCAGCAGAAGAUUGUACAAGUGAAGGAGCUGAACAAAGGGGUGGAGAGUAUUGUGCAUAUAGACUGGAAACACUCUGACAUUAGGUCAUUUGUUGUCCCUGAAGUGUUCUCUGCUGUGUCAACUGCCCCAGAGAGUAAAUGUGGAGACGGAGAGCAGCUGUACCAUGCUCCUGAAAUCAUACCACUCUAUGGCGUCUCAGCCAAAAUGGCUCUGCUUUUCCAGGAGUCGGGACACAAGAAAGGCAGCAUCCUCUCCAGCAGCGAUGUGAGAAAUAUCAUCAUCAGCUAUGUAAAGACUAAUGAGCUGGUUGAUGAAACAAACAAGAACUUUGUAAAGGUGAAUCCAAUCUUGUGCGACUGCCUGUUGGAUAAAUGGGAGCAAGACGAGAUCUCGAAGCUCAAAUGGGAUGAUCUCCUGAGCAGGUGUCUGGAACAACUGCAGCCUUACCAUCAGGUGACGUUUUUUGGACAUGAACCCAUUGUGAGGAAAGGAAACCUUGAUCCCAUUGACAUAACCAUAGCGCAGAGAUCAUCCAAUAAAAAGGUGACCAUUAUUAAGAAUCUUGAACUGUAUGGCCUAGACCCGCAAUUAGUUGCCAACACUCUCCAGCAAAGAGUACAGGCCAGCGCCACUAUUCACACACUACCUGGGGCAAAGGACAGAGUCCAGGUCCAGAUCCAAGGCAACCAAAUCAACCAUCUUGCCAAGUUGCUGCUCGAGGAAUACCAGCUACAGCGGAAAUAUAUUCAAGGGCUGGAGAAGGCUCCAAAGCUUAGCCGGAAGAAGUAAAUAUGUCUAGUGUAAGAAAUAUUCAAAUCUCAUUAUUUAUAACCAGUUCUGCCUCUGGCUGAGGGGUGAAAUCCUGGCCCCAUUUAAGUUGAUGGGAGUUCUGCUGUUGACUUUCAUGGGGCCAGGAUUUCAUCCAAAGAAUGUAAUUGCUUCAGCUGUUCAAAUUUUUUAAAAUAAAACUCUCAAAUGUCGUCA